CUCAUUGGAGUCUCUGGGAGUUUUGCACUGAGGCAGGGGUCAGCUGAAAGACAAAGAAAAAUGGCGAAUAGUUUGGGAGGGCAGCUGUUCAGUUUUGUACCACAGUGGACACUCCAGACAGCCUUGCCUGCUGCUCCUGCUGCCUUUGUUUCCUCUUCCUCCACGUCUCUCUCUCCCUUUUGUGGAGAUGGACUAGAAAUGGCUCAUUUAGCUCUGUCAGAGGAGGGAUAAUUAGCUGCCUGUAAAAUUAACGCUCUCCCUGUUACCAUAAUGUCCACGGAUGGGGGCUUUGCAGGAGGCAACAGUGAUGCACAGCAGUGUCUUCAAUCUUUCUGGCCUCGGGUCAUGGAUGAGAUUCGAAACCUAACAGUGAAAGACUUCAGAGUCCAGGAACUCCCGUUGGCACGCAUUAAGAAGAUCAUGAAACUAGAUGAAGAUGUGAAGAUGAUCAGUGCAGAAGCCCCUGUCCUGUUCGCCAAGGCUGCUCAGAUAUUCAUCACGGAGUUGACAUUACGAGCCUGGAUACACACAGAAGACAACAAACGCAGGACCUUGCAGAGAAAUGAUAUUGCUAUGGCCAUCACGAAGUUUGAUCAGUUUGACUUUCUCAUUGACAUUGUUCCAAGGGAUGAACUUAAACCUCCAAAGCGGCAGGAGGAGGUGCGCCAAGCCGUGACUCCAGCAGAACCCGUCCAAUACUACUUCACUCUGGCCCAGCAGCCAGCAGCGGUCCAGGUCCAGGGCCAGCAGACGGGCCAGCAGACCACCACAUCCACCACCACGAUCCAGCCCGGGCAGAUCAUCAUCGCGCAGCCUCAGCAAGGGCAGACCACUCCUGUGACCAUGCAGGUCGGCGAAGGGCAGCAGGUGCAGAUAGUCCAGGCCCAGCCCCAGGGGCAGACCCAGCCAGCGCAGAGCGGGACUGGGCCCACCAUGCAGGUCAUGCAGCAGAUCAUCACCAACACAGGCGAAAUCCAGCAAAUACCGGUCCAGCUUAAUGCCGGCCAGCUGCAGUAUAUCCGCUUAGCUCAGCCUGUGUCCGGAACCCAGGUGGUCCAGGGACAGAUCCAGACGCUUGCAGCCAACACCCAGCAGAUUGCGCAAACAGACGUUCAGCAGGGGCAGCAGCAGUUCAGCCAGUUUACAGAUGGGCAGCAACUCUACCAGAUCCAACAAGUGACUAUGCCUGCUGGUCAAGAUAUCACCCAACCCAUGUUUAUCCAGUCUACCAAUCAGACGACAGAUGGACAGGCCCCACAGGUCACGGGAGACUGACCAGCUCCAGCCGGAAGCUUUCCUGAUGUGGCAGAAUUCAUACCGACUUGACUGAUGUUCCCGCUGACCGAGUUCAGAAGCCUUCUUCAACUAGUCCAUUCCCUCCCCACCAUGUAUCUUCAGUGAUAGAAAGAUGCUGAGGACUUUACAUCAGCAUUACAUCAGCUGCUUAUAUUUGCUGGGAGGAGAGGAUGCCACAGGAACUGACUACAAUGCAAUAUACAUAUACAUAUGUGUCUGUGUGUGUGUGUGUAUUUCUUUUUUAGAAAUGUUGAAUUCUGUGUUCCUCAGUAUUUCCAGUCUGACCAUUUUACAGAAGGCUCUGCCAGGCAGAGCAGUGCUUUCUUGUGGUCUGGGAUCUUUUCUGUUCUCCUGUCCAGUACAUUUGGAAUCAGAGGAUCUUCAUCCUGUUUCAGCCCUGAUUGUGCAUAUCGCAUUGUUAUCAUUAAGUCUGAAAGUGUGUUAGCGUGUAUAUGAAUGUGUUUGUGUGUGUGUCUAUGCAUGUAAGAGAGAAUGGGCAGAGGAUUCCUUUUGUUUGUUUGUUCUUUUUAAUGUCCCAAAUCCAGAUGCUGCUAAUUGCAGCUCCCAAGGAUGAAAACAACAGGAAGAACCCAGCUUUUCCUGUGUUAAUCCUGUUUUCUAAAGGCUUUAAAUCUGGCCUCAAACUAUUUUGGAAUGACUUAAGGAGGUUUGGACGUGCAGAUGCAAUCUACUGGGUAAUGGUAUAAAAUUCAGCCAAUGCAUGUUUUUAAAAGCUGCAUGAAAUGCAAUAAACCUUUUUUUUU